ACCACCACCAACCACCACCAACCACCCUCACCAACCACUUAACUACUUCAAUCAACAUGUCUGGCAAAGGAAAGGCUGGAAAGUCCGGAGGAAAGGCUGGCGGCUCUGACAAGGCCCAAUCCCGCUCUUCCAAGGCUGGUCUCCAAUUCCCCGUCGGUCGUGUCCACCGUCUCUUGAAGAAGGGCAACUAUGCCCAACGUGUCGGCGCUGGUGCACCUGUGUACCUCGCUGCUGUCCUCGAAUACCUCGCUGCAGAGAUUCUGGAACUCGCUGGCAACGCCGCCCGUGAUAACAAGAAGCAACGUAUUGUCCCCCGUCACCUGCAACUUGCCAUCCGAAACGACGAGGAACUGCAAAAACUUCUCGGCAACGUCGUCAUCUCACAAGGUGGUGUCGUGCCACACAUUGCACCUGAACUUCUCCCAACGAAGUCAGGAAAGGGCAGGAAAGACGAUGGCAUCAGCCAAGAAAUCUAAUUUCUUCCUUGUGUCGUCUUUUCUUUAUUUUGCUUUCGUGUUGUUCUUAUAUCCUCAUUUUUUGGUCUCGCAUCCGCAUUUUCUGUAUUUUUGUCUAAUGCAUUGUAUCAUUGUUCAGUAGCAAGCAAUAAUCGCAUCAUAUCCAUCUUGCAUA